AGACGCAAUGUCUUGCAUUUGUCUAGGACCCAAGCGUGCGGGCAAAACUCAUCUGCUCAAGGCUCUGCAAGAGCCAGACUCUAUAGAUGAGACGAGCUACUCCAUGCCCACAAUUGGUACAGGCAUCUUUCGCAUUUACUUUCCUGAAAAGUCCGCAAAUGCUGAUAGGCACAAACCACCACCGCCAACAACAGAUGUCGUAGCCACACCGCAUGGCGGCAAACACCUGGCUAAGUUUAUACAGGUGCUGGAAAUUGGAGGCAGCAUGGCGCCUCUGUGGCGUCAAAGUCAAUAUUUUGAGGAUGUCAAAAAGCUCAUCUAUGUGGUGGAUGCUUCUAAUCUGUGUCAGAUCUCAGCUGCAGGCGUGCUCUUCUAUUCGAUUCUCACCGAGCCGCGUCUGCAAAAGGUUAAAAUCCUCCUCGUGCUGACCAAAAUGGACUACUCCUACCGCCAGAUGCGCAACGAGGCGUUGCUCAUGCUGCAAAUGUCCAAGCUGCAGAAACAGAUACGACAGCAGGUGACCAUUGUAGAGGCCAGCGCAGUGACCAAGGUGGGUCUCAGCACCAUCUACGACUGGCUCCAAAGACCAUGA